CGUGAGGGCGCCGUGAGGGCGGCGGGCGGACCCGCUCUGCUGUGCGCUGCUCCGCUCCGCCGCUGCGGCGCGGCCUGGGCGAGCCCAUCGCGCCGUGCGCGCAGGGAGGGAGCGAGCGCGGACGGACGGACGGGCCGACCGGCGCGCGGGCGGGGGGAGCCGCCGCCAGCCGGGUGCGCGGCAGCCUGAUCCCGGUCCAACAUGGUCGCCGCUCACGCCUCCCAUUCCUCGUCCUCCAGCGAGUGGAUCGCGUGCCUGGAUAAAAGGCCUUUGGAACGUUCUAGUGAAGAUGUAGAUAUAAUAUUCACACGACUGAAAGAAGUGAAAGCUUUUGAGAAAUUUCAUCCAAACCUUCUCCAGCAGAUAUGUCUCUGUGGAUAUUAUGAGAAUCUGGAAAAAGGAAUCACAUUAUUCCGUCAGGGUGAUAUUGGGACGAAUUGGUAUGCUGUCCUGACAGGAUCACUGGAUGUGAAGGUGUCUGAUACAAGCAACCACCAGGAUGCUGUGACAAUAUGCACUCUUGGAAUAGGAACUGCUUUUGGAGAGUCCAUUCUGGAUAACACUCCUCGCCAUGCUACCAUUGUUACCAGGGAACAUAGUGAGCUCCUUCGAAUUGAGCAGAAGGACUUCAAAGCACUUUGGGAGAAAUAUCGACAGUAUAUGUCUGGACUUCUCACUCCUCCUUAUGGUGUUAUGGAAACUGGCUCCAACAAUGACAGAAUGCCAGAUAAAGACAGUAUGUCAAGCAGUGCUCUUUGCCAAGUUUCUAAAAACUGUAGUAAGACACCUCUUAUUGGUCCUCACAUCCCACAUCAUCCUACUAAAACCAUUACACAGGUUCCUUCAGAAAAGAUCCUUAGAGCUGGAAAGAUUUUGAGGAAUACUAUUCUGUCCCGAGCUCCUCACAUGAUAAGAGAUCGUAAAUAUCAUCUGAAGACUUACAGGCAAUGCUGUGUGGGGACAGAACUAGUUGACUGGAUGAUGCAACAAAGUCCUUGUGUCCAUUUACGAAGCCAGGCUGUCGGCAUGUGGCAAGUACUGCUGGAAGAAGGUGUUCUUAACCAUGUGGACCAGGAGCACCACUUUCAAGACAAAUACUUAUUUUAUCGAUUUUUGGAUGAUGAGCGUGAAGAUGCCCCUUUGCCAACUGAGGAAGAGAAAAAGGAGUGUGAUGAGGAGCUACAGGACACUAUGCUGCUUCUCUCUCAGAUUGGGCCAGAUGCUCAUAUGAGGAUGAUUCUCAGGAAACCCCCUGGCCAGAGAACUGUAGAUGACUUAGAAUUUAUAUAUGAAGAACUUCUCCACAUUAAGGCCUUAUCUCAUCUUUCUACCACAGUGAAACGAGAAUUAGCAGGUGUCCUCAUUUUUGAGUCACAUCCCAAAGCAGGAACAGUCUUAUUUAAUCAGGGAGAAGAAGGUACUUCUUGGUACAUUAUCCUAAAGGGAUCAGUAAACGUAGUCAUUUAUGGCAAGGGUGUGGUAUGUACUCUGCACGAAGGAGAUGAUUUUGGCAAAUUGGCGCUCGUGAAUGAUGCUCCCAGAGCAGCAUCCAUUGUUCUGAGGGAAGACAAUUGCCACUUCUUGAGAGUAGAUAAGGAGGACUUCAACAGGAUCCUUAGGGAUGUGGAAGCAAAUACAGUAAGACUCAAAGAACACGACCAAGAUGUCUUGGUGUUGGAGAAGAUCCCAGCAGGAAACAGAAUUUCUAAUCAAGGAAAUUCUCAGCCACAGCACAAGUAUAUUGUGAUGUCAGGAACCCCAGAGAAAAUUUUAGAGCACUUUCUAGAAACUAUGCGCCUUGAAGCAACUUUAAAUGAAGCAACAGAUUCUGUUUUAAAUGAUUUUAUUAUGAUGCACUGUGUUUUUAUGCCAAAUAGUCAGCUCUGCCCAGCCUUGAUGGCACACUAUCAUGCCCAGCCUUCCCAGGGUACAGAGCAGGAAAAAGUGGAUUAUGCUCUCAACAAUAAAAGGCGAGUCAUUCGACUGGUUCUGCAGUGGGCUGCUUUGUAUGGAGAUUUACUGCAAGAAGAUGAAGCGGCAAUGGCCUUUUUGGAGGAAUUUUAUGUAUCUGUAUCAGAUGAUACUAGAAUGAUUGCAGCACUAAAGGAGCAACUUCCAGAGCUAGAGAAAAUUGUAAAGCAAAUUUCUGAAGAACCUAAAGCACCACAAAAGAAGCACAAAGUUCUUCUGCAGCUGUUCAACACAAGUGAUGACAGAGCACAGAAACGCCAGCCUAUCAGGGGCAAUGAUGAAGUUCUGUUUAAGGUGUACUGCAUAGACCAAACCUACACCACUAUCCGUGUGCCAGUGUCAUCUUCUGUGAAGGAAGUGAUCAGUGCAGUAGCAGACAAGCUGGGCUCUGGAGAAGGCCUCAUAAUAGUAAAGAUGAGUUCAGGAGGAGAAAAAGUCGUGCUGAAGCCUCAUGAUGUUUCGGUGUUCACCACUCUCAGCGUUAAUGGCCGGCUGUUUGCUUGCCCUCGGGAUCAGUUCGAUUCCUUGGCACCAUUGCCAGAACAAGAAGGACCAUCUGCUGGUACAGUAGGAACAUUUGAAUUGAUGAGUUCCAAAGACUUAGCACACCAGAUGACAAUUUAUGACUGGGAGCUCUUCAACUGUGUGCAUGAGCUGGAACUGAUCUAUCACACUUUUGGAAGGCACAAUUUUAAAAAGACCACGGCAAAUCUGGACCUGUUUUUAAGAAGAUUCAAUGAAAUUCAGUUCUGGGUGAUCACCGAGAUUUGUCUUUGCUCUCAACUCAGCAAGCGUGUUCAGCUGUUAAAGAAAUACAUUAAGAUAGCAGCCCACUGUAAAGAAUACAAAAAUUUGAAUUCUUUCUUCGCUAUUAUUAUGGGACUGAGUAAUGUUGCUGUGAGUCGUCUCUCAUUAACGUGGGAGAAACUCCCAAGCAAGUUCAAGAAGAUCUAUGCAGAGUUUGAAAGCUUAAUGGAUCCAUCAAGAAACCAUAGGGCCUACAGACUAACUGUAGCUAAAUUGGACCCUCCAAUAAUUCCUUUCAUGCCACUACUUAUAAAAGACAUGACGUUUACUCAUGAGGGAAACAAGACAUUCACUGACAAUCUAGUAAACUUCGAAAAAAUGCGCAUGAUUGCCAACACUGUCAGGACAGUGAAGUUCUGCCGAAGCCAAUCUUUCAAUCCUGAUGCAGCCCUAACUAAUAAAAACCAUCAGGAUGUUCGGAGCUACGUGCGGCAAUUAAAUGUGAUUGACAACCAGAGAACUUUAUCACAGAUGUCUCACCGACUGGAACCGCGCCGAGCAUAAACACUGGAAGCAAUGAUGAGAAAUGAUCUUUUAUCCUCUCAAGGUCACUUGUUAAGAACUUCACUUUCUCUGCUACUGCACUGCCACUACAAAAAUAAGCAAAAACAUACUCUAAGGUCUUAGGCAACGCACAAUGUACCAGCCUGCUGGAGAACUUUGGCUGAAGAAGAAUUUAUGCACUGUAGGUGUAUGGGUGGCCAUGUUGUGAACUGUUAAUUCAUCUUGAAGUGUAGUAAGUGAUAUCUCAUAUGGAUUUUGAAAAAGGCAAAAGAUAAAAUAGAAUAGUUAGUGGGAAAUGCACAAAAACUUAUAACAGUUCUAAGGUAGGUAGUGGGUUCUUCUCCCUAAUUAAGAAUCUUUAUUUUAUGAUUUAUGCUUCAGGUCAGGAUCAAAACUGAUCAUCAGUUUGGCUUGCUCAGCUACUGCUGACCUCAAUAGAAGAUGGAUGUACAGAUCUGAUGAAAUAAUGUACUUUCAAGAGCGGUUCAAGGUAGAGUUCCAUUCAGAGAAAACUUGCAAAUGUUUCCAUUUUAAAAUACAACAAAUACUAAGAAAAAUUCCUAAUCUUAAUCAUACUGUGUACUACUACAAGCAGUAUGGCCAUUUCAGAAAACUGACAGGACUGAAAAUAUUUUGAAUAAUAAAUAGAUUAAUCAGUGUUUACAGUUCACUUCCUUCUUUUUAAAUUGCCAAUCAGGUUUUUACAAAAUUCAGUUAAAAAGUAAGGUCAUCAAAAUCAAUAGCAUUAAAGGUAGCAAAGGACUGGUUCAAAAAGAGCACAAUAUGCACAAAUGGAUUUCAAGAUAAUAUAUUCCCAGAUAUUAAAACCUUAAACUUCAGCUAGGAUUAAUCGUGGCUGGUUAACACAUUUUCUGGUCUUAUGCAUUUACAAAUAUCUUAAUUUUCAGCCAAUUGUUUGCACUUUCAAUAGACUGUAAAUAAAUGUCAAUUAAUUAUGUUCUAAAAUAUUUAUUUAUGUAAUAGUUAUUGUGCCAAAAUAAUUCUGGUUUAUUUAUUUUGUUUAGCAUGUUAUGAGAGUGCAGCUUUUGUCUUCACACUCUGUGUGCAUUUACAUGUAGAAGUUGUGUGAUCUAUCUUUUCUGUAAAUAACAUGCAGUACCUUAUUAAAUAUAAUUGCUGGAAAGGUUUAGUCACUGGCCUUAUUUGCACUUUCAGCUUCAUUCCUGCAUAAAUACCAAUGCUACUAAUUGGCUGAUAUCUCAAACUUGGCUUGUCAUUUGCUGGGCCUCAAACCUGCAGUUGGCCUUCAUGCACGGAGAGAUGGAGGAUGAGAUUAAAGCCAGUCAGAUCCAUCCCUGCCACGGGGGAUGACAGUCUGGCAGUGACGCAACGCCGCGGUCUAACACUUGUUAGCUCAUUUGCUUCUCAGGAGAAAACAUUUCAAUUGGAAGGGUUUAAAUAAAGAAGGGAUGUAUUCUUAAUUUUAGCUGUCUGACUAAUUUGUCCUGCUCAGUCACUAAUGUGAGCACUAAAAGUUAUCUUGGGCAGGAUUUUACCUCAGGAUGGCAAACACAAGACCUUGGCUAAUAUGGCCCUUGAGAGACCUCUGGGUUCGAUGAGCACAGGGAGGUCUCUCAGGGCUGCAGCCUUGAGGGGAGAGGCCGUCUGGCACGUGCCCUUUCCCCUCCUGAAUGUGUCUGGGGAUGGCUGCACUGCUGCUGGGCAAGCCCAGAUGGCGGCCAAGUGCAUGCCAAGGGAGUGACGAUGUUCAAAUGGCAAAAGUCUUUCCUAUUGCAUUCACGCUGGUUCUGUGUUGUGAAGCUGGGUGCCAUAAAACUGAUUAAGCCUGAAAUUAGAAGUUGCAACUAUUAUCUCAUAAUUAGGCUUCAGAGAUGACCUCAUUGAUAUAGUCUACAUUUUGCUUUGGAUGCAGAGUAUAUUUUUUUGGGCAUUGAGCAGGACUGUGUGGAAUCAGUAUACACAUACAGAUUUUUUUUUAAUCUAUAAAAACAAUUACAUUCUUUUAGUCAAAACAUAAAUUUUGCAGAAGCUGAGAGUCACCAGGGAAAUGCUGACACAUAGAACCACAAUGUGCUUGGUACCUGCAUUCUGCAAAGGAAAGAAUUACACAGUUAAGAAAUAUUCUGCAGCAUGAUGAAAUAAUUUAUUUUAACUUUGCUGUCUGACUAGAAGUUCAAGAUGAUUCAGAGGAAAACCAGCUAAUAACACAGAGACAAAUUUGUAUCUUAUUAUUUCAAGUGAGAAAUAUUUAUUUCCAUUUGUGCUGUUCGACAAAUAUACUUCAUAUGGCUUUUUCAGAUAUAGAAUCUUCCCAGAAGCAAAGUUUGCAGUAGAAUAAACUACACAAUUAAUUCAACAGGUGUUUUUAGCUUUGCAAUCAAUUGAUAACUUUUCUGAGUUCAUGGUUUUUUUUGUUCCAGGUUUGUUCCUAUUGUUUGGACUUUCAUUUAUUUCUGUGUUAGCUGGUUUAUAAAGCUGCCAAGUUUUGGCUUGGCUCUGAGUAGAGACUAAUUCUUCAUCCGUUUAGUAUGUUUUUAUCCCCUUGGUUUAUUCUUUUUUCUUUAGAACUUCUAACUGUUUUACUUACUUGUUGCCAACAGUCUCUAUCGUGUGGUUGUAUCCCAGUGAUACAAACAGAGGUUUUAUGGCACCUCCAUAUCAACAAAUGAAUGCAGUUUACCUACUCAAUGAAACUGGUAUCUGACAUUUUUAAAUUUUCCAAUAAAGGGUGCUGUAUAAAUAAUAAGUGUUGCUAUCUCUGUAUCUAACUCAUUCAAGUGGCUCAGAUAGUUGCUAUGGUUCUGAUCAGUGUCUACAUACCUAGAGAUUAGAUGAAUAAAACUACCUUCCGGCUCUAGGAUCUG